CGGCGGGGGCGGGCAGGAGGGCGGUGACGGCGGGAAGCCGCGCUCGGCGGCGGCCCGGCGCAGCGGGCGGGGAGGCGGGCGGGAGGGAGGAAGGAAGGAAGGACGCGGCGGAGGGAUCCGGGGGGAGGGCAGCGGCGGCGCGCGGGCUGUGGCGCCAGAAUUCGGAGCGGCGCCGCGCGCCCCUACCGUUGCUUCGCGUCCCCGGCCCGGCCCGCCCGCCCGCCAUGGUGGUCCUGCGGAGCAGCGGCGCCCGGCGGCCCGGCCCCGCGGCGCGCGACGGCCGCCGCCGGCCGCCCUUCGACCUCAUGGACUCCAGCUCCGAGUUCCUGUCGCUGGAGCCCCCCCCGCUCGGCGGCCGCCGUGUCUGGACGCGCUCGGGGGCCGCCUCGGCCGCCGCCGGGCCCAAGGGCGCCGGGGGGGCGGCGAGAGCGGCGGAGGCGGAAUUUUCUUCAGGCAAAAUUGAAUGUUUCAAUGGACAUUGCUUAAGAUCAAUGAGAAAAAGCAUCCCGCCCUCUUCAGACUCUAGCUUUGACAAAAGCAUGGAAAUACUAAGUGAAAAUGUCAAUGGAAGACACUUUACCAGGCAAUUGGCAAAACUGAAAGCAGACAAAAAAUCUGAAGAAUGUAAAGAAGUCACCAGAUCACUGAAGACCAAAGCUGAUGCAAAAGCUACAGAAGAGAUCCAUGAAGAAAGUGGGGAUUUGGAAGUCCGUCGAAGUUGCAGACUUAGACGAACUCGUUACACUACUACAAACCAAUCUGUUUUGUUUGAUAAACUUAUAACAAAUACUGCAGAAGCAGUAUUACAAAAAAUGGAUGACAUGAAGAAGAUGCGUAGACGCCGAAUGAUGGACUUGGAAGACCUUGGGGUGUUCAAUGAUGCAGAAGAAAAUCUUGAUGUGUACUCCCGAGGAAAGAAGAAGAAAGAAAUUCAAAGAACUGAUGAAGAAAUAGCUGACAAUCAAGAUGGGAGUGUAGAAUCAUCAGAAGAAGGUGAAGACCAAGAUGAUGAAGAUGGUGAAGAUACUCAAAAGCGUUAUGACCUUAGACAGAGGAAAACUGUUGUACGCUAUCAAGCUCCACUGGAAAAACCAAGGCAACGUAAGAUAUUUUUUUCGGGACGGUCUUCUCCUGUCAGACAAAGAUAUUCAUUCAGAAGUGCUCAGUCACAAAGCCCUUGCUGCAAAAGAACUAACAGACGGAGACAUGCAGUCCACAACAGUGAUUCUACAUCCUCCUCCUCGUCAUCCUCGUCUGAUGAUGAAGAGCGUUUUGAGAGGCGUAGGAAACGCAGCCGCAACAGAGCUUUAAGAAGGUGCCUUCCCCUCAACUUUCGGAAGGAUGAAUUAAAGGGAAUUCACAAGGACCGAAUGAAAAUUGGAGCAAGUCUGGCUGACGUCGAUCCAAUGCAAAUAGAUUGUUCGGUACGAUUUGAUGGUGUGGGUGGUCUUUCUGACCACAUCUCAGCAUUAAAAGAGAUGGUCAUUUUUCCGUUGCUUUAUCCAGAAGUCUUUGAGAGAUUCAAAAUUCAGCCUCCAAGAGGCUGUCUAUUCUAUGGUCCACCAGGGACUGGAAAGACACUGGUUGCUCGGGCGCUUGCUAAUGAAUGUAGCCAAGGUGACAGGCGAAUAGCCUUUUUUAUGAGAAAAGGUGCUGAUUGCCUGAGUAAAUGGGUGGGAGAAUCUGAACGACAGCUUCGUUUAUUAUUUGAUCAGGCCUAUCAGAUGCGGCCUUCCAUUAUUUUCUUUGAUGAAAUAGACGGUCUUGCUCCUGUGCGGUCCAGUAGACAAGAUCAAAUUCAUAGUUCCAUUGUAUCAACGCUUCUGGCACUUAUGGAUGGCUUAGAUAGCAGAGGAGAAAUUGUUGUAAUUGGAGCCACCAACAGACUGGAUUCUAUAGAUCCUGCUUUACGAAGACCUGGGCGCUUUGACCGAGAAUUCCUUUUUAGCUUGCCAAAUAAAGAGGCUAGAAAAGAGAUUUUGAAGAUUCAUACACGGGACUGGACCCCUAAGCCACUGGACAUGUUUCUUGAAGAGCUCGCUGAACAAUGUGUUGGAUACUGUGGCGCUGAUAUUAAAUCCAUAUGUGCUGAAGCUGCCCUCUGCGCUUUGCGUCGACGCUAUCCUCAGAUAUACAGAAGCAGUGAGAAAUUGCAGUUAGAUAUCACUUCAAUUAAAAUAACAGCGAAGGAUUUUGUCAUGGCUAUGCAGAAGACUGUACCAGCUUCACAGAGGGCUGUGGCUUCACCUGGACAAGCAUUAUCACCCAUUUCUAAACCACUGCUUGAAAAUACAUUAGAGAGAAUUUUAGAAGCCCUGCAGAGAGUAUUUCCUCAUGCAGAGCUUGGACUGAAGAAGGACCAACAGCAAGAUGGUAUAAACCAUAUUUUAAAAAAUGAUUCAAUGUAUAGUGAUGAGGAAUCACCUUCAGUCUUUGAAGAUAAGCUAUCUCAUAAAACGCCUGGUAGACGAAAGGAAAAAUUCCUGAACUUUAACAGAAAUGCUUAUUACCAGCCAACAUCUUACAGGCCAAGGCUCUUGCUAGCUGGAGAGCCAGGAUAUGGACAAGGUUCUCACCUGGCACCUGCAGUAAUACAUGCUCUGGAAAAGUUUGCAGUUUAUACACUGGACCUGUCAGUUCUGUUUGUUAGUGUCACAUCACCAGAAGAAACAUGUGCACAGUUGAUCCGAGAAGCUCAGAGGACAGCACCAAGUAUAAUUUAUAUUCCACAUAUCCAUUUAUGGUGGGAGACGGUUGGAGUUGCAUUGAAAGCUACUUUUACAACAUUAUUACAGAACAUUCCAACUUUUGCUCCAGUUUUGUUGCUUGCAACAUCAGAUAUAUGUCAUGCAGAUCUCCCAAAAGAGAUACAAGAUUUGUUUAUUAAUGAUUAUGGAGAAGUUUUCAAUAUCCAGUUGCCUAGUAAGGAAGAAAGAAGAAAGUUUUUUGAGGACUUAAUUGUAAAUCAAGCUGCUAAACCUCCUGCAUCAAAAAAGAAAGCAGUUUGGCAGGCCCUGGAAGUACUGCCUGUGGCGCCGCCACCUGAGCCUCGACAACUAACAGAGGAAGAAAUAAAACAGUUGGAGGAGCAGGAGGAGGAUACACUUCGUGAACUUAGGAUUUUCUUAAGGGAUGUUACUCAUAGACUUGCUGUUGACAGACGUUUCAGGGUCUUCACAAAGCCUGUUGACCUAGAGGAGGUACCUGAUUAUGUCACAGUUAUUAAACAGCCAAUGGAUCUUUCAACAGUUCUCUCUAAAAUUGACUUGCACCAAUAUCUAACUGCAGGAGAUUUUCUGAAAGAUAUUGAUCUAAUCUGUAGCAAUGCCUUAGAAUACAACCCAGAUAGAGAUCCUGGAGAUCGUCUCAUUAGACAUAGAGCUUGUACUCUGAGAGAUACUGCAUAUGCCAUAGUGAAGGAAGAAAUGGAUGAAGAUUUUGAACAACUUUGUGAAGAAAUUCAAGAAUCUCGCAAGAAAAGAGGUUGCAGCUCUUCAAAGUAUGCUCCCUCUUACUACUAUGUGAUGCCAAAGCAGAACUCUGUUUCUGGGUGUAAGAAAACAGAUCACAACUGUAAUGAAAGAACAAAGAUGCCAGUGGUGCCUGUAGAUUCCAGUACACCUCUGUCUAAUGCUGUGUCAAAAAGAAAACGUAGAAAGAACAAAUGGUCUUCAGGUAGUAUAACAAAGAAGAGAAAGAUUUUUCAAUUCAAUAAAGAGAAUAAAAUUCCAGAAGAAGACCAAGAUGAAGUAGAGAGUGGUGGAGAAGAGUUUCUGGAAAACAAUGUUUCUAAUACGGAUCAAACUGAAGUUGAGUUCAUACAAGAAUCUUGUGUGGAAGAAAGUGAGAAUGUUCUUCAAGAACGACAGACAAAUGAAAAUAAAUCUGAGACAGAAAAUGAGAGAGUUGUCUUUGAUGUGGCUAAAUCUGGUUCUGAAAAGGAGAGUGCCAAGUUUCCUGGAUAUUUAGAGCUAAAAAAGAGAAGUGAAAUUUCUGAUUCCCAAAUAACAGAAAGUUUUGAAGAGGGUGAUUCAAAUGAUACUUGUGUACUUCAUAUGACUCGGGCUAGACGUUCUCAGGUAGAACAGCAACAGCUUAUGAGUGUCGAGAAAGCUAUGGAAAUUCUCGCAGAGCCAGUUUCCCCACUUAUUGUGGAUUACAAAGAUCUUAAGCAACUGCUGAAUUUUGUCAGUGAGAUAACUAAGAACUUCAAUAUAUUUCACUUGGAAAAAUUAUAUGCUGUGCUCAGUCAGUGUAUUUAUCGACAUCGGAAAGAUUAUGACAAAACUGAAUUAGUAAAGGAAAUGAAGAAAGAAAUUACAACCUUCCGUUGUGCUCAGUAAUGUGAUCUUCAGAAUACUUGAUUUCUACUCUGUAAUGUUUUAUUUUAAUUGCAUGCUGUUCUGUUAUCUGUGUAUAAUUCAGUAAAGAGUACUUCUAAAUAUAUAUAUUAUAUAUACAUACAUAUAUAAAGCAAAUAUAUCUUAAAAUAUAUUAAGAAAGCUCAAGUAAAGUCCUUAGCUGCUUUUAUUUGAUAUUUUUGUCCUAUACAUAUUGUAUGAUAAAUAGUAAGCUUGGACAGAAGGAUUAUACAUGAUAUGUUGAGAUCAGUGUGUUCAGCUUUCUUUUCCAGUAUGCAUUGCCUUAAAGUCUUGUGUUCUUUUUAUGUGACAUAUGUUUGCCAGUGCCUUUUGGAAACUUGUAGAUUUGAACAUCUUCCAGGUACCCUCAGUGCCUCUUUUAAAACAACAGAUUGGAAAACUUGAUACAUUUUUAUCAUCUUAUUCCAACUUGUUAGAAUAUAUUUUUCUGAAGUAAUCUGUGGUGUUGUAUAUUCCAUUGUAUAUUACAUAAAUGCUUUAAAACAAAUAUUACUCUGAUACAUGAGGAGUAAAUCCUUCAGAAACCUCUUAAUCCAGUUCAGAGGUAAUUUUUUUAAAUUAUCUGAUAGCACCUCAAGUGGUUUUCAUAGAAUUAACAACCUAAAGAAAGUGUGCAGGAGGAACAUUGUUUCCACAAACACAAGUAUUUUUGCUAUGACAUACUUUUGCUUAACUGUCAAAAAAAAACCCAACUUGAAACAUAAAGCAAGAUUCUAAGGUAAAAUUUAGUCUUGCUUGUAAUAUUGACAAUCCUUGAUACUGCGGAAUAGAUUUUUAAUAUAAAUUGUUGGUUGCAAGUGUAGGUGGCUUAUAGUUGAAUUGUAAAUAGUCUUCUGGUCUUCUGGAGAGAAUUAUGUUUGUGUAUUACCUAAAACUGAAUAUAUUAUUGCUGAUAAAUAUAUUUAAAUAAUACUAAAGCAAUACCCUUUAUUGAAGAUGGAUACUUCUUCAAACCAGAAGGAAAAAAAAUCUAAGUUAAUUUGACAGUUAUUUUUAAAGACAAUUGAGAAUAAGAUAUGCAGAAUCUAAAUUUUUUUGAAAAUGGAAUUCCAUACCAAGCACAAUAAAGUAUGUGUAUCAUAUUGCUAUUGUUCAUGUGAUGGGACAUAACACCUAGUGAUACUGAAUGCCUAACUGUGCAAUCUCUGUAUGUAAGUUUUAGUUUUCAUGUCUUCUUUCUCUUUAAAGUGUGUCCAAACAUUUGUGUACUAUGCAGAAUUUUUCUUCUAUUUCUAUUGUUUGGAUGUGUAUUAUUAAAAAGUGAAUCAUCAUUUGAGUUUGUUCUAAUUGUAGAAUGAUUUGAGCAUUAAAAAUCUUACUUGAA